CCGAUUGGCUGGUGCCUCGUCCGCCUCCAGGAAGCCGUGAGAGGGGCGUCUCAGAGCUCGGCCACCGCCUUCCUGGGCGCUCGCCGCCGCGCCAUGCUCGCCCUGCGAAACGGCCUGAACCGGGCUCUGGCCCUGCGGACGCUCCCGCCUCAGAUACGUUCAUCUUUUGCCACAGGCCCCAGGCAAAGUGAUGGAACAUUAUAUGAAUUUCGUACCUAUUUUCUCAAGCCCUCAAAGAUGAAUGAGUUCCUGGAAAAUUUUAAGAAAAAUGUUCACCUUCGAACAGCUCACUCUGAAUUGGUUGGAUAUUGGAGCAUAGAAUUUGGAGGCAGAAUGAACAGAGUAUUCCAUAUUUGGAAAUAUGAUAAUUUUGCUCAUCGAACUGCAGUUCAUGAAGCCUUGGCCAAGGAUAAGGAAUGGUAAGAACAGUUCCUCAUUCCAAAUUUGGCGCUCAUUGAUAAACAAGAGAGUGAGAUUACCUACCUGGUACCAUGGUGCAAAAUAGGAAAGCCUCCCAAGGAAGGAGUCUAUGAACUGGCUACUUUUCAGAUGAAACCUGGUGGCCCAGCUCUGUGGGGUGAUGCGUUCAAAAGGGCAGUUAAUGCCCAUGUUGAUCUUGGCUAUAGCAAACUAGUCGGUGUUUUUCACACUGAAUAUGGAGCACUCAACAGAGUCCAUGUUCUCUGGUGGAACGAGAGCGCGGAUAGUCGUGCAGCUGGAAGACAUCUUUCUCAUGAGGAUCCCAGAGUCGUGGCUGCUGUUCGGGAAAGUGUCAACUACCUAGAGACUCAGCAGAAUAUGCUCCUGAUUCCCACGUCAUUUUCACCACUGAAGUAGCUUUCUACUGAAAUGCCAGAGUGUCAUUACCUGGUAUCAGAUGUGUCCCCUGAUGGUGCUUAAGUUCUCCCAGGAGAGCUGUUCUUUUAUUUGAAGGAGGUGGUAAGUUAAUUCACUGUCUCCUCUGCAUUUUUAAGGCUACCUAUGCCAUUUAUCACAACCAGUUCAGGAAACAGUCAUGUUCAUUUCCUCCAUGACGUUUCAUGUCUAUUAGACGUCAGAAAUAGUUGCCAUUACUUUUGUUUCCAAAUCUUCUGUAUUUUUAGAACUGAUUGCUGUGUUCUGUUCAAAUAAUUUUGAAUUUCCUUGCCUGGAAAUAUUUUUUAAAUAGUUAUACACAAUAUCUUGUCUUUUUUUCUGAGAUUGAAAAUUAUUUUUUACCCAGUAAUUUUUACUUUGUGAUAUCAAAUGGAAUUCAUAAAAAAAUCAAAUUGAGCAUAUUUCAUGACUUCGAAAAAGUACAGUCUCAUGUGGCCACCUGUGUUUAUUAUGGUUUCACUUUAAUUAUUAAUCUAAGUUAGAAAAUGAUACAGUCUACUUGUUGCUGUGUGAUAUGGUUUUGAAAUGUUUAUUUGUAAUUGAUUUUUACUGUUGUUUGCUUUUUCUUGUAUCUCACAAAGAUCCUGAGAUGUUUAUUUCAGAGAUCUUUGUAAUUCAGGAAGUGUGUGCCCUAAUAAAAGCCUCCACAUACAUUCUGAUUCUUUCAAA